AUGACUAUUCAAUCAAAACAUUUGGUAUUUGAACAAGUUGAAAAUCCUGAAAUUAUACGUUUCACCCAUUUACAAAAUUCACAGAUUUGGCGUACAAAGUACUUAACUUCUGAAGAAUAUGCAGAAAGAGAGAGAAUACUUGGCCAAUCGGAAAUUGCCAAAGAGCAUCAAUCUAAUCAUGCCCGCAAGCAAUUUGCAGAAUAUGCCCAGUACCUGGGACUAAAAUACUUUGUUUUGAAGAACCUUGAGUUGCCGAAUACGUCUGAAACUUCACAGAUUGUGUCAAGUUGUGAAACUUUGAACAGAGUAGGGUGGUACACGAAGCCUGAAAGCUCUGGAAAUGUUCAACCUGUUUUGUCUAUAUGUGUUGGAGGCGUUUUCACCAGCGAAGAGAAUCGUGGCAAGGGCUAUGCAUCCGUAAUGAUAGAGCGCCUUAAUCAGUUUUACGACAAACUAGCAGACGCGCCAGGGAGCCCUUCUUUUCUGAAAGACAAAGUGAUGUUCUUGUACAGCGAGGUAGGAGAUUACUAUGCUAAAUUUGGUUAUAUUUCAAGACAUGUGCCUGUCCACUCCGUACACCAUUUAGACGAAUUGCUGGAAAGAUAUUGUGGUGAGGAGGUACAACCUGAAGGUAGAUUUUUGGGGUUCAGCGGUUAUGAAGAUUUAAUUGACCUGCAAGGUAAUUCGUUUCAAGAAAAAAUGUUACAGCUCCAGGUCACUAAUCCGGAUCUGCGCGUAUUUUCCGUAAAGCCUUCUUUAGCCAUUUAUCAAUGGUUUAAACAUCGUGACAUCUAUAUCUCACAAAAGUUCCUCGAGAAACCCCCCACCAGAUUCGGGUUUGCUUUGCCUACCGGAAGUCACAUUAUCUGGCAUCAUCAUUGGACAAAUGGAGUUCUAUAUAUUUUGAAAGUUCACAUUGUGGGGGAAGACAAUCCUGAAUCAACUCUCAAAAAACUUCUCGCAGCCUGCAUUCGGGAAGCAAUCGCAACUAAGUUGACACAUUUGGAAUUUUGGGACGAUGAAAUCAAUAAAGCUACGCAUCCUUCCCUGUUCGAGGUACUAUCCACUAUCGAGGACAAGACAAGCCUGUAUCAGGAAAACAGCUCAAGAAGUGCAAUCAGAGCGCCUAAAAGCGUUGAUGCAGAAAAUUUAAUAUGGCAUAACAAUACAAAGUUUUGCUGGUUUUGA